CAUUUUGUCGGUAGAGGCAGAAGGAGGAGGUUGGGUUGAGUUGCCGAGGUGGUUAGCGGGCUCGUCGGUGCUCGUGGGCUUUGUUCGUUCCGUGCCUCGUCUCUCCCUGGAAGGGGAGGGGGCUUCGUCGCCGAGCAGGAGCCGCCGCUACCGCGGUCCGAGUUUGAAGUCGGACUUGUCUCAAAACUUGUGUGCUGAGGAGACUCAGAUGUUGGCCUCAGCUCCUAGGCUGAAAUCAGCAGAUUGGCCCAUGAAAACUUCUGUAUUGAGACAAAGGAAAGGAUCCAUCAGAAAGCAACAUCUAUUAUCCUGGGCUUGGCAGCAAGGAAGAGGACAGGUAGUGGAAAUCCUGCAAUCUGAAAAGCAGACUGAAAGGUGACAAAGAAGCUGAAGAUGGGUGGUGGAGAGAGGUAUAACAUUCCAGCCCCUCAAUCUAGAAAUGUUAGUAAGAACCAACAACAGCUUAAUAGACAGAAGACCAAGGAUCAAAAUUCCCAGAUGAAGAUUGUUCAUAAGAAAAAAGAAAGAGGACACACUUACAACGCAUCAGCAGCUGCAUGGCAGGCCAUGCAAAAUGGGGGGAAGAACAAAAAUUUUCCAAACAAUCAAAAUUGGAACUCUAGCUUAUCAAGUCCCAGCUUGCUUUUUAAGUCUCAGACUAAUCAGAACUAUGCUGGAGCCAAAUUUAGUGAGCCGCCAUCACCAAGUGUUCUUCCUAAACCACCAAGCCACUGGGUUCCUGUUUCGUUUAAUCCUUCUGAUAAGGAAAUAAUGACAUUUCAACUUAAAACCUUACUUAAAGUACAGGUAUAAAAUAAGAUAAAGUACUGAUGUUCAAACUUAGUUAAUUUAAGGGUAGUUGUCAGUUGUUUCAUACCAAAUUCAUUAGGGAAAUUAAUCUGUGUAAAACUGCUAAUGUAGAAAAUCUAGACUUCAUCUUGUGUGGUGUGCACUGUGAUGUAAUGGUAGUAUCAGUGCAACUUAACUAAAUUACUGAUAACUGUACCAGACAUCAAGUGGUCUCAAUUGAGUAACUUAAGUGAAACCAUCCAAGUUUAGAUUUGGGGAAUGGUAAAAAAUUAACUUGAUUGCUUUUUGGGGUAAAAUACUGAUUUAAGAUUAUCAUGAAUAAGUUAGUCGAUUUACUUGUUAAAAGCUAGUGAAACUGCUUAUAAGCAUCUAGUUAACAUACAGGGAUUGAAAACUAGUUGAGUAUUUGCAAGUUUAAUGUCCUAGAAACACCAAAACCAACACAACCUGAUGCACUGCCAAAAGAAAAUGUGAAUUUUUCUUAGAGAAUAGUUGCAGUUUAGUAAAUGUGGAAGGGGCAACGGGGUUGUUUAGAAUGAAACUAUACCCCAGUGGCCCCAUUUCUUAUAUGCAGUGGAUAGGUGAUUGCCAACAAAUGCACCAAAACCAUUUUUAUAGAAAACAAUAUUUGAUGGUCAGCAGAGUAGCUUUCAAAAUACAUUUUUGUAUUAUAGCACUGCACAAGCUAUUCUUACUGGUCUGGCCUCAAAUCAUCCCUGCAAAGCUUGCUUAAAGUAGGGAGCUAUAUAAUGUGAAAAUUUUGAGUACCUAGAAAAGAGCCAUGUAAAUAUAUGUAAUAAAGUUGUAGCAUAUGUAAAGUUUUGUUGGCAUUUAUCCUACAAAAAUAGAGUAUUUUAGUAUGAAUUUGCUGAAUGUAAGACCAUGGACUUUUUUACACUAUGGCCUAAUUUUAAAGGUCCAAAUAAUGUUUUUAAAAGUUUGCCCUUGUGCUAAAGUGCCAGUGUAUGUAUCUUAUAAUUGAUAGGGUUGUAAACUAUAUUUCAAAAUCCUAGUGUAAUAAAGUUUUAUAUAACUAUAACUGAAAAGGUUUUAAUCUGCUAAAACACUUCCUAUUUUUGAGAUGUGAAAAGCAGUAUGGGACUAUUUUAAUUUUUAUUCUGUUAAGCCCAAAGAUUAACUAUUAAAGCGUCCAUCCAACCUUAAAAAUUCAUAUUAGCUUGAACAAUUUUUGUAACCUAUGAUACGAGUUUAGUUGAAUGCCAGUGUAUUUUUUUUUGUCACCAGUAAGUUCAACCCAGGGGACCACUUAUGCAAAAGAUGUGUUUUCUUGCACAAUACCUUGAUAACAUGUUUUAGCUAAAAGUAAAUGCUAAGUAUAACAUUAACCCAAUAGUGGAAAAAACGGUCUGCGGGGAAUCAAAAAUUUCUGAUUCUAAGUGCCCUACUUUCUAAUUUGGCCACUUUUCUGAUAUUUUAGGCAGAAUGAUGAAGUUGUAUUUCUCCAAAUAAAUUCAGGUGAGAUAAUAUUGCUCAAGUCAAAUAAUUGUAUCCCAAAGACAAGUUUAUAUAGUACUAAAUGUGCACAUACGAAUUUGGAGCAUGAAAUUUAAAAAUAAAACUCUCUCUCCCCA